AUGUCCUCAAUAAACCCAGAGCUGAGACAGCAAGUCAUGUCAAUUUACAAGCAGCUCUUGUACCUCGGCCGUGAUUACCCUCAGGGAUACAACUACUUCCGCCCUCGCCUACACAGGGCCUUUAUGGCCAAUGCUAGCCUGACGGAUGAAGCGGAGAUACGUCAAGCCAUUGCGCGGGCGCAGUUUGUUCAGAAGGAAGUUCAAUCCUGUUUAUGA